UCCGAUUGAGUCGUAUUUGGUCAACCUGAAACCCUGGUGGAAGCCUGAUGUUAUGAUCAUCUGGGAAUGGGACUCAAAACGUGAAGGGAAAGGAUCGACCAUCCUGGUGACCCAAUAUGAGCCACGCCCUCAAUCGGGACUUGCCGCGGCCCAUCCCCCCAUCCUGCCCUGAAGACGGAUCCGCCCAGUCGGGCGGUACUUCGCCCUCAUGGCCCGCUCCGGCCUCGAACACGGUGGCCACGGUGGCCACGGUCCCGGGGGUGGAGGCCAGCGGGAUCAUUCAGGUGUGUCACUUCUUACGCGCCGGAGAUCAAGCCCAAAAGAAAUGUCGACAUCCGAUUGAGACCCAGGAUCUGUAUCCGGAUCUGCUGGCCCAGUUACACCCCAAAUUCUGCAAGAAGGACCCGCACACGCAAAUCCAGCGCCUUUUCCGUUGUUUGCCUUGCGCCUCGCUCAUUGAGAGCGUGCCCGCGCUGACCAGUCACGUCCAAGGCGAGAAACAUCAACUCCGGCUGCAAGCCCGGCCCUCCGCCCCCCUCAGCCACUCCCCUCACGUUCAGCUGAGUCCGGCCCAGGCCCCACCCGCCAAACGCGUUAAAUUCAACCCUCGGGUGCCUCGGGUGGCCCAAGGGGGGCUCGAGUCCCCCGGGAGGAACACCCGGCGCUCGGGUUUCUCCGAUGAGAAAUAUGAUGAGACGUCGUAUUACUUUGCAGGGGGUCUCCGCCGAGUUUACCCGUACGCCUUCACCUUCGCUACCUUUGCCAAGCGCCGUUGGGUGGGGCGCCCGCUCAUGGACGUAUUUGCCACGGAAUUCCGCGCCAAAACACCCCCCGAAUACGUGCGCUCCAUUGAGAGCGGCGAUAUUCUCAUCAAUGGCCAACCCACCACGGCGGAUUAUGUGCUCCGCGACAACGAUCUCUUGGCCAACACGGUCCAUCGACACGAAGUGCCCGUCACCGACCAACGGGUUCAGAUCAUUCAUCAAGAUCAGGAUCUGGUGGUGGUCAAUAAACCCGCCUCCAUACCCGUGCAUCCCUGCGGGCGUUACCGACACAACUCCUUGGUCUUCAUCUUGGCCAAGGAGUUUGAGCUCAAGCAUCUGAAUACCAUUCACCGAUUGGAUCGACUCACCUCGGGUUUGUUACUCCUAGGGCGGAACCCGGCCAUAGCCCGGACCAUGGAGCAACAGAUUCGUGGGCGUCUCGUGCUAAAAGAAUACGUGUGUCGAGUUCAAGGCCAGUUCCCAGCCGAGCGCGUGGUGUGUCGGGAGCCCAUCGAGAUCCUGAGCCAUAAGAUCGGCAUUUGUCGGGUGGAUCCCCAAGGCAAGGCGUGUGAGACGGAAUUCGAAUUGGUGCAGACCAAUGGUCAAGAGUCGGUGGUUCGAUGUAAGCCCCACACGGGUCGCAUGCAUCAAAUCCGGGUCCACCUCCAAUUCCUAGGGUUCCCAAUUACCAAUGACCCGUUGUACAACCAUGAAGCCUUUGGACCCGAUCGAGGUAAAGGCGGCGUGUUUGGGAAAUCCCAAGACCAGCUUAUUCAAGAUCUAAUCGACGCUCACAACUCGGAAAGAUGGUUGGCUUCCGCGUCGCCGGAGGACGCCGCACCCAAAUCGAUGAAGGUCAUGGAAACACCCCCGAAUAGUAGUUCUUCUGAAACGGAUCCCCGUUUGAAGCCGGUUCCCAAUUGUGCCGAGUGUCUGGUCAAGUAUAAAGAUCCUACUGCCGACGAGCUAGUCAUGUUCUUGCAUGCUCUCAAGUACUCAGGCCAUGAUUGGAGUUAUGAGACGCCGCUUCCAGCUUGGUCUAAACUAUGACAGAACUGCAAUAUAUUUAUAUAAAAUGAUG